UUUACAGGGCGGAGAGAGGAGAGUUCUGGGUCCGGGGGGUAGCAGUCCCAAACUCCCUGCCCAGCAUGUGCAGAGGAAGAAGAGAAAAAACACAUUUACUCGAACACACACACACACCCCGCCAAACCUAUUUGUAAGGGAGGAGGAGAUAGCCGGAGUAAUGCAUAGGCAGGAGAGGAAGCCGUGGCCAGCGCCGAGCGGAGGCGGAGGAGGCGGAGGAGGAGGAGGAGAAGCAGGAGGAGGAGGAGGAGGAAGAGGAGGAGGAGGAGGAGAAGGAGAAGGAGGAGGAGGGGGAGGCGGCGGCAGCCGCUGCCCCUCCGAGGACCUAGUCCACCGGCUCUGCUCCCGCACCAGCCUCAUGGCUGAAGUUCUGUUCCGGCAGGAGAGAAUAAUGAUCUCCAAAGGAAAAAUCAUUCUAUUUCUGCUGAUUUUAUUAACUGCGCUGGUGGUGCUCUGGGGAUAUAAUAACAGCACAGAAGGAUCUCUCUUGUGUAUAUAUCCUUACCAAUCCAAAGGGAACGUUAAUAGCAAUGCUAAUGUUCAGAAGAGAUGGUGGCUGUCCAACUGGUUUAACAAUAGGAGCCAUGAUUAUCAAAUUGAAGAACCCCAGCUGUCGGAUUGGUUUAAUCCCAAACAACGGCCUGAUGUUCUGACAGUGACAAAUUGGCUUGCCCCAGUUGUAUGGGAGGGCACUUACCAUAGAAAGGUCCUGGAAGACUAUUACACCAAGCAAAAGAUCACAGUGGGCUUAACAGUAUUUGCUAUUGGAAGGUAUCUUGAUCGAUAUUUGGAGGAAUUCAUGACAUCUGCUGAGAAGUACUUCAUGGUUGGCCAGAGAGUUAUAUUUUAUAUCAUGGUGGAUGACUACUCUAAGAUCCCUUGGAUACAGCUGGGUCCUCUUCGUACAUUUAAAGUAUUUGAGAUAAACCGAGAGAAGAGGUGGCAGGACAUUAGCAUGAUGCGCAUGAAGGUCAUUGGGGAACACAUCAUAGAUCACAUCCAGUAUGAAGUUGACUUCCUCUUCUGCAUGGAUGUGGAUCAGAUCUUCAAGGAUGAUUUUGGGGUAGAGACUCUAGGGGAGUCAGUAGCUCAACUCCAGGCAUGGUGGUAUAAGGCGGAUCCCAGUGAGUUCACUUAUGAGAGAAGGCCUGAGUCUGCAGCAUACAUCCCUUUUGGCCAGGGAGAUUUCUAUUACCAUGCAGCCAUUUUUGGUGGCACACCACUUCGGGUUUUGAACCUCACCCAGGAAUGCUUCAAGGGAAUUCUUCAGGACAAGGAAAAUGACAUUGAAGCUGAAUGGCAUGAUGAAAGCCAUCUCAACAAGUAUUUCCUUUCUCAAUAAACCACAAAAAUCCUAUCCCCAGAAUACUGUUGGGAUUACCACAUAGGCACCUCCUCAGACAUUAGACUUGUCAAGAUUGCUUGGCAGUCAAAGAAUAUAAUGUGGUCAGAAAUAACUCCUGAUGUUUGGGGUGGGAUGGCAUUAAGUUUCUGGAUUAGAGUGCCUAUCGUUCUGGCUAAUUCCUCAAAGCAGUUGCACUUAAAAAAAAAAAGUAAGGGUAAAGCCAAAAAAAUUACAUCACUUUACUCAAAAGCAAAUUCACAAAACCUCUUUAUAAUUUUCUAUCUUCUGCACGGGUGAUAUUGGAUAAAGAAACAUGCCUGGAAAUUAGAUGUAAAUACACAGAUUUUUAAAAAAUCUACUGUGGGUAAUGGGGAAUUAUUUUGACCUUAAUAAAAUAUGACUGAAUAGAUUGUCAUAAGUAUUCAAAGCCAGAAACACUCUAAUUCUAUAGUGAAAUUCACCCAUCCAGAGGUUGGUGAGGAAGAUCUGUCAUGGAUUAGUUCCUUAUGAUUUGUAAUAUAUCACUCUUUCACUUAGCCUGGAGAAGGAUGGUGACACUUGCCCUGUGCCAAUACUUUAUAAAGAUUAUGGGCUAUGAUGCAACCCAAGUUUACAAUUUUUAGUUGGCUAUUGAUGACAUGUUGCCUGAACCCAUUUGAAGACUGUGGUCAUUCCUGAUCAGAAAGUGAUGUGUUUGUGUGAAGUUUGUAGAAGUAUUAGGAGACACAACUAUCCAAAUGAGGGGAGUUUUCCUAAUGAGGCUCAAGGGCUUUAUCUCAGUGUCUGCUCUAGGACUAAGUAUUGGACAUCUAUUCAGCAAGAGGCAGAUUAGCUCCUAUGUUGUAUUAAACCAUUUGAAUGAGCUGUGAGAGGGCCAGAAAAUGUAAAAUGAGAGGCUGGCAACUUGUCUGUGGUAUUGCUACGUUAGAUCCCAAGGGUGCAACUGACCAUGGUAGAGAUUUAGAUUGGUGUUUAAUGACCUAUGUACAGGAAUGAGGAAGGUAUCCCUGGCUUCUUGCUUCUACUGGACACAGCAAGUUCACAGGGCUACCUAAUGGACUCUCCCACUGGCAGUGUUUCCCCUCUGCAUAUCAUCAUCUUGUUUUGUACCUUGCCCCAGCUACAGUUUCUCCAUCUUGUGGUUUUUCCCACCCCCAGCGUCAGGACAAGGGGUUGGUAGAAUGUGGAAACAGAGAGAGGGCCAAAGGAGAGUGGAAGGAGAGGGCAAGAAACUCUAAGUAUCUUUUACCAAGGUCUUCCUCUGAAAAAGAGGAAGAGCAGAUGUAAAUACGUUAUUCAAACCUUCACUGCCAGUGCCAUUGGACCACUUCAAGAGAUUAGACAAUGAAUGAGUUGUGAUGUCUCAGUGAGCAUCAAGGGUGGAAGAAGCAAAAGCUACCAAGUGAAUGACUGUGGAGCCUCAAAAAUGGAAUUCCAUGUGAAUUAUUAUGAAAGCAAAUACAGAUGGCAGUUAGCCUUUCCAGUAACCAUCAUUCUUGCCAAAGAUAUCAGUAUCCUCUGAGAGAGAGUGUAAAUAUCCUUAGACCUCAUUGGUAAUUGAGCCACUAGCUCACUGAGAAGGCAGGAGAAGGAAUGUAUGUUGAUAUUUAUUUUCCUAGCUUUCUCUUGUGUUCCAGCUCAAGUUAUUUUCUAUAUCCAAGUAAGUUGCAUAUCUUAUGCAAACUACUGUGCAGGGGCUCCUUUGAAGUAGUGUAACAGUAGUUAACAGGAACAUUCUCCUGCUUCCUCUCCCUAACAUUUUCUUUGUAAAAAUAAUAAUAAUAAAUAAAAUUUUAAAUACCUACAGGGAAAAAUAGAUUACAUUUGAGUCAAAAGCCCUGUUGAUCUCCAUAAAUAUUAAUCAAUCCAUUUUAGACUAAAUUUGGAUGAAGGAAGACUUAGAUUUCCAUCCUGCACUCAACUGAGUGUUUUGAUAUCAGGUUUAAGGGGCAACUUUAAGGGGAGUAGCUGAUUAGCUUCUUUCGCUUUUUUUUUUUUUUUUAAAGGAGUCAUUGGGAAUUCCAGUUGGAAAAAAUUCAGUAUAUCUUAAUGAUUGU